AGAAGGUACGUCAGCUGUUUUGUUAGAGCCGUAGUGCGUGUGUUGGGAAUGGUGUAUUGUUGACUGCAGGGGCAUUUCGCAGUUCGUAGAUUCGAUCAUAUUCCUUUGUUUAUUUGCCGCGAAUUAGAAAUCAGUAUCGAACAUAGCAGGCACUUUGUUAGUAAGUGAAAUAUUUUCGGGAGUAGGAUCGAGCUAGGUAAAACGGCGUUAGUGGUAAAGGAACACCUCGCAAUUUUAUCGUUCGGUCUGAACCCGUCGGUCGAAUUGAUUCUCUGAGAGAACGGAGUUGUGAGUUCGCAAAGGCAGUCGGUCCGAUUACGUCGCUGUUCUGGCGACCACUCUGGGAAGCUUUCGAGACUUUCGUCUUUCUGGAACGGACUGUGGUUGUGAUUCCAGAGUCGAAAAAUAUGGCACAACCAACAAGCAGCGCGUUACGGGCCCUUGCCCUCGAAUACAAAAGCCUUCAGGAAGAACCUGUCGAAGGUUUUCGCGUGAAGCUCGUUAACGAGGACAACAUGUUCGAGUGGGAAGUCGCGAUCUUCGGUCCUCCAGACACGCUUUAUCAAGGAGGCUAUUUUAAGGCACACAUGAAGUUCCCACCAGAUUAUCCGUACAGUCCGCCAAGUAUUCGGUUCAUGACGAAAGUUUGGCAUCCGAACGUAUACGAGAACGGAGAUCUCUGCAUAUCUAUCUUGCAUCCACCGGUAGACGAUCCACAGAGCGGUGAACUGCCAUGCGAGAGGUGGAACCCAACGCAGAAUGUUAGGACGAUCUUGCUGUCAGUGAUCUCACUCUUGAACGAGCCCAACACAUAUAGCCCCGCCAAUGUAGAUGCCUCGGUGAUGUACCGACGCUGGCGUGACUCCAAGGGGAGAGAUAAAGAGUAUGAAAAUAUCAUAAGGAAACAAGCUCAAGCUGCCAAGAUGGAGGCCGAGAAGGAAGGUAUCGUAGUACCAGUAACAUUGGAGGAUUAUUGCAUAAAGACACGUGCAAGGCCAGCCGAACAACAGUUGGAUAUGACGGAUUUCUACGACGACGAAUACGAAUUAGACGACGACGAGGAUGAACAACUUAGCGCCAGUGAUUACGAAGAUGGCGACGAUAGCGGAAACGGAGAGUCGUGAUCCAUUUCUUAAGAUUAUAAAUUACGCGAAACGCUAAUUAUUACCAGUUCUGUAUAGAUUAAUAAAUUAAUGAGCUUCUAAACCGGA